UGCGGUCACGUGCCUGCAAACAUUUAGAACAGGAAGUGAUACUGUAGCAUCAAGGAACCCACAAUAAAAUACACAACAAUGAGAUUAUAUAGAUAGCUUCAGGUUUACUUCAGUUGUAAAGAAGCAUCCAAGCUCUCGGAAAGAUACACUCUUUCAGCCAUUGAAGAGAAGAAGGGCCCUGCGGUGGAGGUUUUGUUAAACAGGCUAACUUGAGUCGAAGUCGGACCAAGCCCCAAAAUGACUGCAUCUGUGUUUUUCGGGUGUACAUUCAUCGCUUUCGGCCCUGCCAUUGCACUGUUCUUGUUUACUAUUGCCAGGGACCCACUCCGAGUGAUAUUUCUUAUCGCCGGGGCGUUCUUCUGGUUGUGUUCUCUGCUGCUGUCUUCACUAGUGUGGUUCAUCACCGUUCAGAUCAGCAACAAAGAGAGUUCCUCCCAGCAGAAAGGACUGCUCAUAUUUGGGGUGGUGCUCUCCGUGCUGCUGCAGGAGACUUUCCGCUUCGGCUACUACAAGCUGCUGAAGUAAGUC